GCAGAUUUGACUGCUAAACGUAGACCUUUGGAAAUCGUUCGUACAUUUCUUGUUAGUUGCAGUUAUAAGCAGAUUUGCGUUCAGAUUCUCCUUAUAUUUGUAGAGAUUUUUUCGAAAUGUGUUCAUAUUUUAACCAAAGGGAGUUAUUGUUUUUAUUUCAGUGGCAGAAAUUGUAAUCAAAUCAAAUCACUGUGUUUAUUUACCUAAUAUAAUCAUGUUCGCGAAAGUUUGCGAAUCAACGUUAUCAGCGUUAUUGCAUAUGUGCUGUUAGUGGACAAAACUGCAUAGGAAUAGUAUGCGACAAGGAACUAAUAUUGCGAGCGUAACUAUUUUUUAACACAUAAUGUGAAGAAACAAGCGAUUAAAUAGUGUGUGUAACAGUGCUUUGUGUACUUGGGUGAGUGGAGUUAAAAGUAUGAAUGGAGGAUGACUUACGAAAGUGCUAGAGAUUGGAGAUGUAACGACCCGACCUAAAAUCUCUGCUUACAUGAGAAAUGGAUAUUCAAUACGACGAAGAUCUCUCGAAAAACUUAUUCUAUCAAAAACUGCAAACCGACCAUCAAAUAUUUUUGGACACCGCGCCAGUCGAAGGAUGGAUUAUAUGUGUUCCUCGAAGUGGUGCUGUCAACGAUAAAUGCGUCACUGAGCAGGAGUUUUUGUUGGCCCACAUUCUUGUCCCAAAUGAAGAACUUCCGGAAACGCACUUCACCAAUCUCAACUGUGUUGAUAUCCGUCGAAAUGCACGUCAACUGAGCACCGGUACAUAUAAAGCGACAAUCCUUUUCGAGGAACUUUUCUAUACCAGAGAUGGUAUGAAAUAUAAAAUCUGGUGCAUCGAGAAUGCAUUAUGUGACACUCGACCCUACGGAAUAGUGCAGGGUAACGAUUCGAAUGAAUUAAUCACAAUUAAAAAGCUGCAGGACGCGGUUGAAUUCAUACGAUCGAUAGCUAAACCGCGGUUUGUGUUUUCUAAAAUCGACGCAGCUGUGCAGACCUUUAUCAAUAAACGUGCAAUUCUCACCAAUUCCAAUUUAAAAUGUUAUAAAGAAGAAGUUCAAAAAUUGUAUGUGCAAUGUUUGGAUAUUAUUUUCCAAAAUCGAAAACUAAAGGAUAGAUGCCAAAAAGACUCUCAUUUGAAGCAGAAUGUUCGAGUAGCCGUAGAAACAUAUAUGAUGGAUAAACUGUACGAACACACGAGAGAUGUAAUAAAUGUGUGUCAACAAGAACAAGUAGAAAGUUUUAACAAAACCAUUCGAAAUUUGUCGGACAUUCACAUAUCGGAGUUAAAUCUCAAGCGUAGCUAUGCCGAGUUAAUACCUGCCAUCAAAAAGGAGCUGCUCAGAAUAGAUGAGUGUCGAACUACCGUUGAUAAGAUCAGCUGUUUGAAGAAAGCUUUCGAGAUAAUCGCGCGCGAACAAGACGCCUCUACUGAAACGAAAAAUGUGAAAAUGUCCAAGACAACAGACGAUGUGAUUCCAGUGUUGAUUUUUGUUGUUAUCAAAACCGGUUUGAAUAAUUGGAUCAUGAAUCUUACCUUUCUCAAAGAGUUUCAAUUAAAUAGGACCUUGUCAGCUCCGCAAAAACAAGAUCAAUUCGGUCAGGAAAGCUAUCUAGUAACAACUCUAGAGGCGGUCAUUGUGUAUAUCAGUUGCUGUAGCAUUGAAAGAACACAGCGUUUGGGAAUAGAACUUAUAUCUGUAGAACAGCUACAGAUAAAACCUUUCGCCGAAAUGAAUUUCCUCAACGCAGACCAGUUUCUUAACCAUCUCUUCACUCUUAUGAAGAACAAGGAAGAGGAAGAAAUAUUGAAAAUAUUUGAAGAGUUUGAUACGACCAAGGCUGCUUCCGUGUUAAAGUAUAGAAAAUGUCACCCUCUAUGCAACUGUAGCAAAUGUGAGUCCUUACCCUACCAGCCUCACAUUGAUCAUCGCAAUCAACAUGGACUAGCUGCAAUCCAUCUCGCAGCUACCCUUGGCAGUCCAAAAUUGCUCACUCUCAUUCUAAAUCUAAAACCGAAUGUUGAUACAGUUGAUGCGAAGAAUUGGACUGCUCUGCACUACGCUGCAGCAAAUGGUCACCAGAAUCUGCUGUUACUACUGCUCCACGCCGGAAUCAAUAUCAACAGUACGAGCAACGAUCUCCACACAUCCCUCCAUCUAGCCUGCCUAAAUGGUCACGGUGGAUGCGUCAAAGCAUUGCUGUAUUUUGCCGAACAUAUGAAAAUUCAUGUCGACAUCGACGCUCAAACGCAACUCGGUCAGACAGCGUUACAUUACGCCGCCAAGUGGGGUUUUACAGACAUUGUUGAAACAUUGUUAGAACAUAAUGCACUAGUGAACAUUGCUAACAGGAUUGGGGCAACCCCAAUAAAGUAUGCUCACAAUGUGAAAAUUCUUAAAAUGUUGAAUGAAGCGUCUGUCGAGCAGCAAAAACGUCGCAAGACGUGCAGCGCUUGUCCCAUUGCUAACGAAGAAUUUAUUCUGAUAUCUGAUAACGAUCUGCUGGAUGAUGAAACGUUCAUUGAGUAUCGUAACAUUGAAGAAAUGGAACGAAUUGAUAAAGCAGUUGCUGCGAUCGCAGCUCAUGAUACCAAACUUGCAUGCUUCUACCUUGGUUUGGAUGUCUUCCCACCCGCUACACCAAAAAUUAAUCCAUCAUCACCGAAGCACUACAUAUUGGAGAAAGUGUGCCACCCCCUUUGUACCUGUCAAAGAUGUCUCAAUGAAUCAGUUGAUUUCAGCUCUUUGAUCAAAAAACCGUUUGCUUCCAAAACCUCCAGUAGAGUCAAUCUCAACGCAACCAACGGAGAAGGCUACACCGUUUUACACAUUGCGGCAGUGCAUGGAAAUCUUGACAUGAUCAAUAUUCUUUUAGAUUUCCGCGCCAGUGUUACCGUAAGGACCAAGUUCGGGGCAACUGCUCUCCAUCUAGCUUGUCGGGAACGCCGUGUAACGGUUGUGAAACUUUUGCUGAGCCGUCGAUGCCGCGAGGAACUUGUUGAUCUGAAGGACUGUCGAGGCGAAACUCCUCUUCACUACGCAGUUGAACAAAAUCAGGUGCGCAUCGUGGAGCUGUUACAGCGUGCCAAAGCAGACAAAAGUCUGCGCAAUCUAGCCGGUAAACGACCGAUCGACAUCGCUCGUGAUAGGCUGUUUUUUAACGCUGUGAAUGUACUGGAGAGAAAAUGGUAAAACAUAUGCAUUACUGUCUCCUCUAAACUCACAUAUCUGUAGUACCACCAGUCGUCCCGAUAGACUUUAAACAAUAAUAUGUUAAUACUACUUCCAAUUAUAAAUAUAUAUAAAUAUAAUAAAGUGUACAACAAAUCUUUCUGUUGCAAUGAUUACAA